AUGGCUUACAAUCUUCAUGUACGCGCAAUUGAAGCCCAGGAUCUUCCAAAGAUGGACACAUUCGGACGCUGUGAUUGCUAUCUAAUCUUCAGUCUCGAUUCAAAUGCCCACAAGUUCAGAGGCAAAACAAUCAAAAAUAAUUACAACCCACGCUGGAACCAAGAUUUCCACCUCAGAGUUUCAAACUUCGCAUCCGACUCUUUGAAUAUCAAGCUUAUGGAUGAGGAUGCUAUUGAAGAUGAUCCAGUCGGACACCUCAAGAUCCCACUUUGCUCCUUCACACCAAACCAGGUCUACGAUAAGUGGUUUGAUCCAACACCAGCUAAGCACGUUAAGAAAGCUGGCCGUCUCCACUUAAUGAUCCACCUUGCCGCUGACGGCGUUCAACCAUUCGUUAACGCUCCACCUCCAACAGCUGCAUUUGGAGGCUUUGGUGCUAUGGUUAACAGUGCUCAGAUGUUCAACCAAAGCAUCAUGAACAUGGCAAGAAAUCCAAUGAUGCCACAGCCAUACCCACAACCAUACCAGCAGCCAGGCUAUCCAGCUCCUUAUCAGCAAUACCCACCACAGCAAGGCUACCCACAACCAUACCAACAGUAUCCACAGCAGCAAAGAUAUCCACCACAACCAGGCUAUCCACAACCAUACCCACCACAGCAAGGAUAUCCUCAACAGUAUCCACCUCAGCAGGGCUAUCCACAACAGCAAUAUCCACCACAACAGGGUUAUCCACAACUAUACCCACCACAACAGGGAUAUCCACCACAACAACCUCCAGCUGGUGGUGUCGCCCCUAUUUAUCCAGCUCCUAUGUAA